AUGGAUUUCUUAGAUGAGCUUGAGUCGAUGGCUCAGGUUGCGAUCCAGCAGCCACAACAACUAGACGAGAUACACAUCGACGAUAUCGAGAGGUGGCAAUCCAUAUUCGGGUACACGUACGCCCAAGCCGUGCGGAAAAUCCAGGAGCACAGGACGGAUCUGUCCCGAAUCGCCGUUGCGGAUUCUCACUGGGAGAUCGUGCGCGCGGAAAUGGAAGCGCGGGGAUACGACAAGGAGGCCUACGAGCAUUCCUGCAGUUUGGCCGCUUCUACCAGCGUCGUCGCAUUUCAAAAGGCGCAGGUCAAACCCAGCAAACCCGCUUUCUACCUCUUGAAGCUCGAAGGGCCCGGCACGGACGACUCGGGGGAACCCACGACCUUCUGCAAGGUCAGUGCCGAUACCAAAGAGGCACUCCUCAGCUACCUCUCUGACCAACGGUCGCUGUUCCAACCUACGUUUGUCCGAUAUUCGAAAGCGGAGAAGGAUUUAUCCUCGCAGUCGGUAUAUCCCAGCCUCAGAAUCGACGCCACCAUGCCGCAGCAUCGUGCCAACUCCAAGGACGAUCCAAGGCGGGCCCCGGCGCAGAACCAGUAUCCAGUCUGGUACUUCUUCUACGGCACUCUCGGCGACCCGUCGGUCUUGAACCGUCUCUUGGGCUGUGAACCUUCGUACCGCCCUGCGAGCGUGGCUCAUGCCGUCAUAAAGACGUGGGGUGGCAAGUACAAGGCGCUGGUCAGUACCAUCGACGACAAAAAGGAGGUACGGGGCCAGGCGUUUCUCGUCGGGAACCGGGACCAGGAGCACUGCCUCCGGCUAUACGAGACGGACAAAUACGACGUGGUCCGGUGCAAAAUCCGACUCGACGGCGAGAAAGUCAGGGGUCUUACGUUCCGAUUCAUCGGCGAUGUUGACCCAUAGUAGUUAUUUGAAUUGGAAGACAGUAAUAUUCAGCGGCGGCAUAUAUAACUCAGCGGGGCCUUUUUUGGGUGGGUGUUGUUUUCUGGUCUUUUUUUGAUCUGGAACCGUACGGGAUAUGUUGGUCGUUUCAU